GUUCUUCUGUCUUAGUGCACCUUUCAGGGAAGGAGCAGUAGAAGAGGAGCUGUACCUUGCCUUUCUUUGGAUCAUCAAUAAGUGAAAACCAAGAUUUUUGCGCAUUGGAUUGGACUAAACACUAAAACCGUGGAAGUGAUUUUUGGUGCAGGAUUAGAAGAAGAAUAGAGAAUGAAGGACAAUAGAAACGCAGUCCCCAAGUAGCUGGUUGCUGGCCUGCUGCUUCGUUUUUCUCAUGAAAUAGGGGAAUUGAGCUCCACAUGUAAAAGGAAAAUUCUGCAAGGUUUGAACACGUCUUGCAAAAACUUUGUGUACUGUCCCUGGAAGUGGAACUGUAACUUUUAACACAUCUUUAGAUGUAUACCCGAAUGUCUAGAAAUGGCUUUACCAGCAAUUAACGAACUUCUGACCUUUGGUGGUUCCUUGGUGCAUUAUGACUUAAGCAGUAAUUAUGAACUGGAGGUCCUGAAUUUCCAAACAAGCCAGAUGGGCAGAUCUUUUAUAGAGUCCCCGUCAGUAUUGUUGUUGCAUAAGACUUGCAAUCCCAAGGGAAAGGUGAUUUAUGCUUUCAUUGUGGAAGUUUCACCCCCUCCAAACUCUACAGAGUCAGCCCUAAAGGUUGUUCAUUUUGCUGUACCAAAAGAUGAUUCCUGUGAAGCUUUCUCUGAGCUAUGUAAAAAAUUCAAAGAGUUUAAUCCAGCUUGGAAGCAUGUAAAUACUAUACUUGUUGAUGAUGGAUUCAAAUCAGCUGGUGUUCUUAAGAAGGAAUUUCAAGCAGAUGUUCAUCUGUCUAUUUAUAGCAUAGCCAAGAUUCUCCAGCAGAAGGUCUUUCAGAUGUCACUGGACAAGAAAGAGGAAGCUUUGCUUCUUAGUGCUCUGACAGAUGUUUUGUGCACACCUACAGAGCAUAACCUGGAGAAGCUGCGUAGCCUUUUCAUGGAAUUUGCUGAGCCCACAUUUUUGCUGCAUUUGAACAUGCAUUGGUUGUUUAAAGUAAAAUUAUGGGGUGGUCACAAACGUGAAAGCAGUUCAAGUCGAAUAAGAUACAUUCAAGACCUUGAAGCAAUUGUCCAAACAGUUGAGGAUAUUGCAACCAGAGAUGUUGGAUUAGAAAUGUUGAUUGCACAGCUUGUCAAAGAAGUUAGUUAUUACUGCUUUGCAGAACAUUUGAUUAAUGGUACUGUAUCAGGCGUUGCAGACAAGAAUCAGAAAUCUCAGAAGGAUGAUCGCAGGAGAACCCUCUUAUUUUUUCCAGAUGUCAAUGAAGGCUCUUUACACUCUCAUCCUGACCUUUACAGCAAAGUCCGUGCAGAUCCAGGUACUGCACAGGGUGAGGAUGCAUUGAAGCAGUCAUUAAUAGACAUAUGCAUGGAACCAGCAGCUGUGCUUUGUCUGAAUGAACUGGCUGUGACCCAGAAAUCUGUACAGCUAAUGGGCACGAAUGAGAAUGAUAUCAGUAUCCAGCUUCUAGAAGAUGCACACAUAGUCAGUAAUGAUUUAAAAAGUUGCAGCUGUGCAUUUAAUCAAAACUAUAAGUUACCCUGUAGGCACAUCCUUGCAGUACUGAAUGAAAAUAAGAGUGUACCUGACAGACAUAUGAUCCAUGAUUGCUGGAAAAAGGGAAGUUGUAGUUCAGAUGGUGAUGAAAAUAUUUUAGAUGUUCUUAAAAGUUCUUGGAGUUGGCCUGCUGAAAAACAGCUUAUGAAAUCCUCUGUAUCCCAGGAGAUUACUCGCCUUCUUACAGAGUGCAGUAGUGAAGAAUUUGAGCGUCGUUACAGUACCCUUAGAGAACUAGCUGAUAACUGGAUAGGACCAUACAUUGCAGUUAAGCUUUAAUCUUUACACUUUACAAAAGUGAGUACGGUUAUAAAAUGGCUUUUGAAUUCCUGUUUGUAAAGGAAGCCAUUGAAAUCUCAAACUCGCUGACAUUACUGUUAGAAUAAUGCCUUGAAGAUAGUGUCUUGUGUUCUCACAUACUGUAUCUAGAUGUUUUAACUAUGUAUUUAAUGGUGUAUUUUACAAAGCCUGUACAUCAAGCAUAAUAAGAUACUGAAAGCAGUAAUAAUAAAAGCUUGAUUUUUUUUUUCUUU